UUGCAUUCAUAUCAAUUGCACAUGAUUUUGUCCAGAAAUAAUUAACCAUCUUAAGAAAUCCUGAAUUUUUACAAAAGAAGAAAAUAACAGUACUCAUUAUAGCAAAAAAAAACAAAAACAAAACAAAAAACAAAGGACUUUUUUUUCCCAGAUAUUAUAUUUUUGACCUUUCCUUCAAACUUUGAUUCUCUUAGCUUGACCUCCCUUAUCUUAGCUUCAUUUUUUUCCUCCUCCAUUGUUGCAGGAAACAAUUACAACUAACAUUUUUCACUUUCUCUCUCUAACUUCCUCUCUUUCUCUCUCUAAAAAGAAAAAGAAGAAGAAGAAGAAGAAGUGAGUGGUUUUGAAGCAAGUUGCCAUCAACUCAGAUAGAUCUGAGUUUUUUUUUGUAGUACCACAGGUGGGCUCAACUUAUAAUUCAUUAUUAUCACAUAUACAACCAUAUAAUAUUUCAUCUUCUUUAUUUUUUCUAUUUUUUUAUCUUUUUUUUUUUAUUAUUUUUUUUCCUAUGUGCCAGUAUUAUUCUUAACCUAUAAAUCAUCUCAAAACAGCUCAUUUAGAUUUUUAAAAUUAAUAAACUUUGUUCAUCCACACAAAAGUUCCCUUUUUUGUCACUAUUUUUUGCUAUUUUCUCUUAUAUUCUCUCUUUUGAAGGGUUUUUUUUUCUUUAUUUGUUGAGUAUUGUGAGUGGCAUCACUUUGAAGUUCAUCUCAUUAGUCUAUUUAUUUAUCACCUUUUUUUUCUUUGAUUAUAUAUAAGGUGGUACAUUUUUUGCUCAAUAAUUAGAAGUAUUUUUUAAAAGAAAACAAAGAUUAUUAGCUUCAAUUGUAGAAAAUCAAAAAAAAGUUAAGGGCUUUCUUUUUCAAUGAUAUUAACAUCAAAAAACUAUUUAUUUUCUUUGUUUUUUGUUCAUAAUUAGUAGUUUUUUUCAUUUUCUUGGAAAAAAAGAAGUAAAGUUGUUUUCAUUCAAUUGAUGAACAAGUUGUUUUCUCAAAAAAAAAAAAAAAAAAAAGGAGGUUUUAAUUUUUCAUUGAAAGAUGUUCUCAUCAGAAAACAGUUCAUUUCCCUUGUUUUACCAUGAGUCUCCAUGUUUUAGUAAUUCUAUGCCUGAAAACAACAACAUUUUGUAUCAACACCAUGAUGAAAAAUAUAAUUACAUGUUAUUACCACCCAAUUGCAACACAUAUCCACCAAUAAUUUCAGAAAAUCCCAUUCCUAAAGUAUCAUCUGAACCUUCAAUUAACCAGCAAAAUACCCUAGUAUACCCUUCAAAGGUACUCACUAAUAAUCGAACCUCGAAUUCGAGAAGACCAUCAGGCAAGAAAGAUAGGCAUACCAAGAUUUGUACUGCACAAGGGGUAAGAGACAGGAGGGUAAGAUUGUCAAUGAGCAUAGCUCGCGAGUUCUUUGAUCUUCAAGACAUGCUAGGAUUUGAUAAGGCUAGCAAAACCCUUGGAUGGCUCUUUGCUAAGUCUAAGGCCGCCAUCGAUGAGCUUGUUAGAAGUUCUAAUUGCAAGAGCAAUACUAAUAGUGAGUGUCAUGAUCAUGGUCAUGAACAUGAUCAACAUGAACAUGAACAUGAUGAUGAUGAUGAGAAGAAAUCAUUAGAUCAUAAGAAGUCCUCGUCGAGUAAAAAGAGAAAGAACAAAGAAAAUUGUGUUGUUGAAGCUAAUCAAAACAUUGCUAAUGAGAUGAAGAGGAGGGAAGAAGCUAGAAAUCGCGCUAGGGAGAGAACUAGAAAGAAGAAACUUGUUGAUGAUCAUAACAAUCAACUUCUUCAUAAUCAUCAUCAUCAUCAUCAUCAUCAAUGUGUUCAGCAAGAUUUACUCAUUAGUCAAUCAUCAAGCUCUGCAGCAGCUACACCCAAUAAUAAAUAUGGACUAAUUAGCAAAGAGGUUAGUGUAGGAGAAUCUGUUGAGAUUAAGUGCAAUAAGUCAAGUUCAGAAUCAUCUUAUAAUUACAAUUAUGAAAUGUUAAGCUUAAAGGAUGAUCAAGAACAUUGUAAUUAUUACAAUGAUUACCUCAACAAAUCUGCAUCAGAAUAUUGUAAUUAUGGUGGGAUCAACAUGCUCUCAUCUGGAUUUCCAGCUGUUAACAUCAUCAAUCUGUCUACAGAGAUUCACAUCAAUGCUAGACCUUGGGAUGAUUACUUUGAUCAAGUCCUGCACUAGUUAGUUAGUGUGGCAUGGAUCGGAGUAUUAUAAGGGUAACUUCUGCAUGUAAGAACUUCUAUACAUAGCUCCAUUUUGUUAAUUGAUCUUUCGGUUGCACGAUUGCUCGAAACAUGUCUAUUUUUCAGAAAUCUUGGAAUUAUAUUUGUGUAAUUGGGUCUUGAAUCAAUAGUAAUUUGCAAUGAACU